AUGAUGCAUGGUUUUUUAAAUUUUCAACAUAAUCGACAAAGAAAUUCAAAUUCAAAAUACAAUCAUCAUCAUCAUCAUCAUCAUCAUCAUGUUCAUCGUGGUACUCGAUCGAUGUCAUUAUUAGAUCGUCGUGGAUUAAUUACUGCUCCAAGAUUUCCAUCAAGAAAAAGUAGUAUAUCACCAUUACCGCAUCAUAAAAGACAAGAGAUGGAUUCAACGGAUACAUUAGCAAUGCUAAUGCAUUUAUUGGACAAAAAUGAUGACAAUGAUCCGUUUUGUGCAAUAUUUCUACCAACAAUAGCUAAUACGGAUAGAUCAACAAAUCAUACACCAAUGGUACUUCAACAUUUACACCAAACAGUGGUACCAUUGCAUACUGUUCAACCAUUCUCAAAGAAUAUUGUUGGAAGAGUAUUGCUAACAUUACGAUAUCAUUUUAUCAAAAAUAAAUUGAUUGUUGAUCUUUUACAAGCUAAAGAUAUUAUUGGAAGACAUAAUUGCGAUAUUUUCCUUACUGUUCAACUGUUACAAAGUUGUAGAAUAUUGGAAAAAUAUGAAACAACCAGUAAACGUUUAACAUCAAAAAUUAAUUUCAAAAAAACGAUGGAAUUUGAUGUACCAUUUGCAAUGUUUUAUUCUAACGAUGCUAAUCUUCUCAUUAAGGUUUGUCAAGAUACGAAAAAAGCCGAUGAAAUUGGUCAUUUUGUAAUUGGUCCACAGGGAAAUUCAACAGGUAUACAACAUUGGAAGCGAAUAUUUACCACACCAAAUACAUCAUUUUCUGCAUGGCAUACAUUAACAACUGCAAGAAAUUCUCCAAAUAAAUUUGCAAAUUGUGAUUUUUAUAGUAAUUAA